GGGGAAGGGACCGCUUUCUCGUCCUUCAGCUUCGGGAACCUAACCCUGGAAUUUAAUGGAACCCUAAAAAUCAUGCUUGUGUGGCCUCUGCACUUCUCCUGAACCAUACACAGAAUUUCCUUGCUCCAUCGUCGGUGGUACUUGCCAUCCUCGGGCACCUCUGGAAGCUCCAUCAUCUCUCCUACGUACCUCUGGAAGCUGCAUCAUCUGUCUUACGUACCUCUGGAAGCUGCAGCAUCUCUCCCACGUACCUCUGGAAGCUCCAUCAUCUUUCUUACGUACUUCUGGAAGCUGCAUCAUCUCUUACGUACCUCUGGAAGCUGCAGCAUCUCUCCUACGUACCUCUGGAAGCUACAGCAUCUCUCCUACGUACCUCUGGAAGCUCCAUCAUCUCUUACGUACCUCUGGAAGCUCCAUCAUCUCUUACGUACCUCUGGAAGCUCCAUCAUCUCUCCUACGUACCUCUGGAAGCUGCAUCAUCUCUCUUACAUACAUCUGGAAAUUGCAGUAUCCCCCUCUUGCAUAACUUUGGAAGCUGAAACAUCUCUUACCACCUUUCCAAGAGAGAGAGAGAAGCGUCACCAACUUCAAGGACCAUCCGACCCAGGGGAAGAAUGGACAGUAGAGAUGGAAGGUUGUGGAAGGUGGUGGUGAUUGUGUUGAUGGCUUCUGCGGUGUGCGCCCAGGAGGAGGUGAUGGAGGAGGAGGUGCAGGAGGCGGAGCCAGCGGUGUGGUUCUCCCCGGAGGCGCUGCUGGGGGUGCUGGACGGGUCUCACCACACCAUCACCUGGUUCACCAACACCACCAGCCCCGUCGCCCGCGUCGCCGCCACCGUCGACGACAAGCUGGUGUCAGAGGUGGCGUCGGUGAGCGAGGUGCAGGACGCCUCCGUCCACAACCUCACACACCACUACUCCGGCAUCACCUACUACGGCCACCUCAACAUUACCGCCAUAUUCAUCGGCUUCAACAAACUCCACCUUGUCCUUUAUGACGAAGAUAAUGUGACAGUGGCAGAGGGCGCGAUGGAGAUGACGGUGCUCCUCUCCUACCAACACAUCACUAAGAUCUUCACCUUCAUCAUUGCUUUCUUGGUGGGCAUCCUCUACUUCUGUAUGGGCGCCACCCUCGACCUGCAGGUGGUGAAGGAAAUCGUCAAGAAGCCCGUCGGACCCAUUAUCGGCCUCUUCUGUCAGUACGUCCUCAUGCCCCUGAUCGCUUUCGUGUUGGGUCUCAUUCUGUUCUCGGACGACUCGCUGUUGCGCCUGGGGCUCUUCAUCAACGGCAGCAGCCCCGGCGGCGGCGCCUCCAACAUGUGGACCCACCUCCUGGGCGGCUCCCUCAACCUCUCCAUCAUGAUGACCACCGUCUCCACUGUCUUCGCCUUCAUUACGGUGCCGCUGUGGGUGCUGGCGAUGGGUCCCGUGAUCCUGAAGGACGCCCCCUUCGUCAUCCCGUACGGGGACAUCGCCGUCACCGUCAUCUCCCUCAUCAUCCCGUGUGGCUUCGGCGUCCUCCUCCAGAUAUUCUACCCAAAGAGUGUGAAGUACUGUGCCAAGGCCAUCACGCCCGUCUCUACCUUCAACCUGAUAUUCAUGUUCACCUUCGGCAUCUACGCUUACCACUACAUCUUCUCAAUCUUCACCUGGAAGAUGGUGGUGUCCGGGUUCAUGCUGCCGUCUCUGGGGUACCUGGCGGGGAUGGUGUUCGGCUUCGUCUUCCGCCUGCCGCUCCCGGAGGUGAUCGCCAUCAGCGUGGAGACGGGAGUCCAGAACGCCUCCAUCGCCCUCAUCAUUCUCCAGCUGACACUCGCCUCCCCCGGCGGCGAGCUGUCUGCAGUGGUGCCGGCGGCGUCGACGAUGUUCACCCCGCUGCCGCUCGUCGUUAUGUUUCUUAUAAAGAAGAUCUACGAGAGGUUCAUCCGAGGUCGCUCGCUCAGCAUCAACUCCCCCGACGUCCAGCCCAAGGCCAGCGAGAUCCCCAACGAUGUCAGGGAUACCUCGAUGGCCACGCUCGAGAAGACCGGCAGACUAGAGAACGGCGUCAAGUCUAUACACGAGCCUGAAGGAGUCGACAACCCUGCAGCAGACUUCAAGGAUGAUGUAUGACCAGCGGACCUCAAGGAUAACGUGUGAGCAGCAGACUUCAAGGAUAACGUGUGAGCGGGUGAAGGAGGUCUGGCUCACCACCACCAGUCAUCACACUUGGGUCAUAAUAAGUUGUGCCUUAUCGCUUAUGAGAGGUCAUAAUGAGCCUUGCCACUCAUAUCCUGACCUGGAAAGCCAACGUCACCACCUGGCAGACUGACAGCCAGUGAUGCCUUCGCGACACCUGACUCAGAAGCGAUGUAAGAAAUGACUUAACGGAGGAUAUAAGCAGUACCAGCGUCAUCAACACCUUAACCCAGCCUCUCAAUUUGUAUGUUAUGGUCCCCAACGUACAAAUUACAGGGUACUGUUCAGUGGGCUCUUGAUAGGUAAGUUUCUGAAAAAUCAAACAUCUGUUUGGCUGCUCAGAGUUCACGGUACGUCGCCAAAAAAUGGUCGCGCUUCUACACAAACAUUUUUCU